CUUAAACUUAGCGUUGCGUUCCGUUGUAGCAUUGGCGUGAUAGCGAGGCACCAUGUUUGAGGCGGUGCUGUCGAACGGAAGCACUCUCAAGAAGAUCUUCGAGGUGCGUGAGCAGAGGGCAGAGAUGGAGCCGAUGAUGCACGAUGCACGAUGCACGAUGCACGAUGCAUGAUGCACGCACACGCGCGCAGAUGGGACGUACACGCCACGCCAUCCACAGCAAUGUCUGACGGAAGGAAUCAUUGUCAUGUGCAUGUGUGUGUGCAGGGCAUCAAGGACCUCUGCACGGAUGUGAACUUCGACGUGUCGUCUGAGGGCAUCAAGCUGCAGGCCAUGGACAGCAGCCACGUGUCGCUCGUGUCUCUGGAGCUCCACACUGACGUGUUCGAGCAGUUCCGCUGCGACCGCGACAGCAUGACCCUCGGACUCAACAUGAAGAGCGUCACGCAGAUCUUCAAGAUCUGCGGCAACGACGACUCCGUCACCAUGCGCGCCGAGGACGAAGGAGAAACACUCGAGUUCACCUUCGAAAAGGGUGAGCCGGGUCGGUGGGUCGGGAGGGACACACACCAUCAUCAUCAUGACAUGAUGUCUGUGGUGUGUGGUGUGUGUUGCUUAGGUGAGGAUCGCGUGAGCACGUUUGAGUUGAAGUUGAUGGACAUCGACAGCGAGCACCUGGGCAUCCCCGACACCGAGUACCAGUGCAACGUCAAGCUGCCCUGCUCAGAGUACCAACGCAUCUGCAGGGACAUGGCCGGCUUCGGAGACAACAGUACGGUCAACGCAACACAACGCACCCUUGGCUUGAAUGACCAACACACACAUAUCGGCACAGCACAGCGCCACACACACAUGCCCAAGUCCCUCCCUCUCGCUGUAGCUCCCUCUGUCUGUGUGUGUCUGUGUGUGUGACGUGUUCAGUGACGAUCGACUGUCAAAAGGGCGGCGUGACGUUCUCGGUCGACGGAGAGGUCGGCAAGGGCAAAAUAUUCCUCAAACACCAACCCAACGUUGAAGAGGUCAGCCACCCCCAACCCCCGCCACCACUUCCCACCACACAGACCACUCGUCUGUGUGUGCUGUGCUGUGUGGGACUGACUGUGACUGUGGAUGGAUGGUGCAGAAGCACAAGGUGAUCGUAACAGUGAAAGAGGGUGUGGAGUUGGAUUUCGCGCUGCGUUACCUCAACAACUUCGCCAAGGCGGCCCCGCUGAGCGACCACGUCCAGCUGGGACUCAACUCGGACACACCACUCAGCGUCAGAUUCGACAUAGAGGUAGGUACUCACCAACUUGCCCACUUAGACAGACAGACGCGCGCACACACACGCAUGGAUGGAUGGACGGAUGGAUUCUCUCGUGUGUGUGUGUGUGUGUUGACUGCCUGCCUGCCGUCUCCACACUAGGACAAGGCGACCCUGGGGUCGCUCAAGUUCUUUCUGGCGCCCAAGAUCAAGGAGGGGGAGGACCAGUGAGCGAAGUGAAACAACGGC